AUGGCAGAUUUCGCUGAUUUGAAACCUAUUAUCACGAGCUCGAAACGCUCGGGCCGUCGCCGGCAGCGAGGCUCUUCUGGUGUGUCAAAGCCAGAGCCGGCGACUGUCGACGAAACUGCGGACGAACUGGUGAUUGCGGGCAAGAAACCAAGACCAGCAGCAGAGACCCCGGUGCGAAAACGGCCCUCGUCUAAGUACUACGGCAUGGAUGACUUUUAUCUGGACCACGAGACAAUGGAUGAGUACACGUGGACGGCGCUGGUUGGAUUUAGCGCGAUCAGGAUCGGAUCGCCGCUGAUUUUCAUUCUACAUUGCACUUAUCUGCUGGCUAUUCUCUACUUCAAACAUGGAUUCACCAUCGACGAGGAGGCAUCGCAGACCAUACCGAAGCUGAUGCUGCCGCUGCUGGCAAAUCUCCUGCUGGUGCAUGUUUUCAACAAGUGGUAUUUUUCGACAAAUUACUACAAACUGCGGGAGCCUCACUGA